AUGUCCCGCCCCAACUACGCCGACAUCGAGCGCGGCAACUUCUCCGACGACUCGCUCGGGUCGCCGGACGAGGCGCCUUCCAGCGUGCUGGCCGCCAAAGACGACGACUACACUUUUGGCCACAAACCCCGCAAACGGAAGGCCAAGGCGCCGGCGGCCGCGGCACGUGCUGCCGGGCCCGCGGCUGCCAAACGGGGCGCGCCCAUGGCCGCGGCGACGGGCGCAGCCGCGGCCUCGCACAUCGCCGCCAGUCUCUCCGACGAGGAGUUCCAUGAGGACGAGUUGCUCGAGGUGACGCCCGAAAUGCCCGCGGACUACGUGCCCGACGCGGUGCUGCGCGUGUUCGGGCGCCUGGACUUCCUGUACUUGAAGUUGAAGCCGGACCACUUCUCGCGGCCCGUGUGGAUCUCGCCCAUGGACGGGCGCAUCAUCCUCGAGUCGUUCUCGCCGUUGGCCGAGCAGGCGCAGGACUUCUUGAUCACCGUGGCCGAGCCGCGCUCGCGGCCCUCGCACAUCCACGAGUACGCCAUCACCACGUACUCGCUCUACGCGGCCGUGUCCGUGGGCUUGGAGACGGACGACAUUGUCCUGGUGUUGACGCGCCUCUCCAAGACGCCCAUCCCGGACUCGUUCCUCCAGUUCAUCCGCGACGCCACGGAGAAGUUCGGCAAGGUCAAGCUCGUGUUGAAGCACAACAAGUACUACGUGGAGAGCACGCACGCGGAGACGCUCCAGACGCUCCUCCAGGACCCGGUGAUUGGGCCGUUGCGCGUGCCUGCCGGGCCGGGCCCGGCGCCGGGGCGCCACGACGACGUGUUUGCCGCGGUCGUGGGCCCCCCGGACGCCGCCAACAUCAACGCCAACGGCAACAUCAACGGCAACAUCCAUGGCAGCGCCACUGCCACCACCGCCACUGCCACCGCCACCACCAUCAACACCAACGCCGACGACGACGACGACGACGACGCGUUGGACGUGGUGCACUCGUUCGAAAUCUUGAGCGACUCCGUGGAGAUCGUCAAGAAGCGCUGCCACGAGAUCGACUACCCCGUGUUGGAGGAGUACGACUUCCGCAACGACCACCUCAACGCCACGCUCGACAUCGACUUGAAGCCGUCCACGCAGAUCCGCCCGUACCAGGAAAAGUCCUUGGCCAAGAUGUUCGGCAACGGCCGCGCGCGCCUGGGCGUGAUUGUGUUGCCGUGCGGCGCCGGCAAGACCUUGGUGGGCAUCACCGCCGCGUGCACCAUCAAGAAGUCCGUGAUCGUGCUCUGCACGUCCUCGGUGUCCGUCAUGCAGUGGCGCCAGCAGUUCCUCCAGUGGUGCACCAUCCAGCCCGAGAACGUGGCCGUGUUCACCUCCGAAAACAAGGAGAUGUUCUCCAGCCAGGCCGGCUUGGUGGUCUCCACCUACUCCAUGGUGGCCAACACGCGCAACCGCUCCCACGACUCGCAGAAGGUCAUGGACUUCUUGACCGGCCGCGAGUGGGGCUUCAUCAUCUUGGACGAGGUGCACGUGGUGCCCGCCGCCAUGUUCCGCAGGGUCGUCAGCACCAUUGCCGCACACGCCAAGCUCGGCCUCACCGCCACCUUGGUGCGCGAGGACGAGAAGAUCUACGACUUGAACUUCUUGAUCGGGCCCAAGCUCUACGAGGCAAACUGGAUGGAGCUAGCCCAGAAGGGCCACAUUGCCAACGUCCAGUGCGCCGAGGUCUGGUGCCCGAUGACCGCAGAGUUCUACCAGGAGUACUUGCGCGAGACCGCGCGGAAGCGAAUGCUCUUGUACAUCAUGAACCCCACCAAGUUCCAGGCCUGCCAGUUCUUGAUCCACUAUCACGAGAAGAGGGGCGACAAGAUCAUCGUGUUCAGUGACAACGUCUACGCGUUGCAGGAAUACGCCUUGAAGUUGGGCAAGCCGUUCAUCUACGGCCUGACCCCGCAGCAGGAGCGCAUGACCAUCUUGCAGAACUUCCAGCACAACGACCAGGUCAACACCAUCUUCUUGUCCAAGGUCGGUGACACGUCCAUCGACUUGCCGGAGGCAACGUGCUUGAUCCAGAUCUCCUCCCAUUACGGCUCCAGAAGACAAGAGGCCCAACGCUUGGGCCGCAUCUUGCGUGCGAAAAGACGUAACGACGAGGGCUUCAACGCUUUCUUCUACUCGUUGGUCUCAAAGGACACCCAGGAGAUGUACUACUCCACCAAAAGGCAGGCAUUUUUGGUUGAUCAAGGUUACGCCUUCAAGGUGAUCACCCACCUCAGUGGCAUGGAGCAGUUGCCGGACCUCGCAUACGCCUCGGCAAGAGAGCGGAGAGAGCUUCUCCAGCAGGUUCUCUUGAAGAAUGAAGAUGCCGCGGGCGUGGAAGUCGGUGACGAUGAGGGCACCAAUUUCAUGGGAAGAAAUAGACUCAAGUACGAGGGCAGCAAUGCUUCGCGAACCGCAGGCUCGCUCGCCGGUUUGGCCGGUGGCGAAGACAUGGCCUACAUUGAGUACAGCAAGAACAAAAACAAGGAGCUCAAGGAGCAUCACCCCUUGAUUCAGAAAAUGUACUACAAGAAGAAAAAGUAG